GUCGUCCGUAUAAAAUUCCUAUCCGAGAACCAGUUGGAUAUAGUUUUUCGUAGGUUGCUGGCGUGAUUGAUUCUGAUUUCUUUAACAUCUACAGGAACCUCUUGUCUUUGUUCUCGCGUUGUAACGUCAGUUUUACCGGGUCUUCGUCUAGGCGUUGAAAUUUGGUUUCAUCUUCCAGUAUUUUUUUUUAUAUAUUCAUAUUAAGUAAUGAUAUAUCUCUCAAUUCCAGCAACUUUUUUGAGAAAAUGUUAAAAAAUGACCGAGAUAUUUGGGAAAAUGAUAUGACCACUGAACAGCUUCUCGCAAUUAUGAUUGAACUUUGCUGGCGUCAAAUAUCAAGAUGUGAAAUUCACUAAAGUAUAAGCCGUUUGUUAUUUUUCGGAGGCAUAUAUCAUUGCGACAACAUUAGAAAGCUUUUAAUAUAGCAUUUACAAAAUCUCUCCAAGUUCAAGCAAUGUGCGAUGUCGGCUUUGGUGACUUUUCUAUUGCGUUUGCGUUUUGCAGUCUAUAGACUAUAAUUCUAUAAAGAUAAACUAGAAAAUACAUGCAUGCAGAAAUCCUCGCCUUGCUGACAAAACCAUUGUAUUUUCCGAACACGAAGUAUCUAAAGUAGUUGUCAUGGUAACACGAUAAUUUUUUAAGAAUAUUCUUACAAAUGAAAAAUCACCUAAAAAUAUCACUUUUAAUUACAAAAUUAUCAAUUUCCCAACAUAUAUAUGUUAGGUACGUUAUUAUACGUAAUAUAAGCCUCAAUUUAAGGUAAAAUGCAACCACAAACGCUUCGCAAAACGUUUUAAAGUGUUCUUUAUAAAACUAAACUGCCUUUAUUCUUUAAUUAAGUUGCUUUAUCGAUAAGCUUUGAGUUUACAAUAAAAUGGUUUCAAAUUCUCCCUAGCUUGCAAAUAACGUUGCUUUCUUUUUUAUUUUAAAAAUUCAAUAUAAUAAAAAAGGGAAUCAAUAUUAAAGAAACACUGAAUUGAAAUUAUAUGCUGUCUUGUUUAGUUGUUUCAUGUACGCAAAGGCCGUCGGGUUUUAAAGCCAUUAUAAAAUCAAUAUUUAAAACAAACUUACCUUCGUUAACGUCGGCUCCCUUCUUUUAGCCGAUUCUUUCGCCCUUUCUUUCUUUCUUUCUUGAAAUUUACAAAAUCUUGCAAAAAUGCGAGCAAAAAUGAAAUACAUUUGCAAUAAAUUUAUCAAUCAUCAAAUUAUAGAUGAAGUAAGAAUAUAUACUUCAUCUGUGAUCAAAUCAAGAAAUAUUUGCUAUUUCGCUGUCGUCAUGCAGUCGUUAUAAUUCAAACUUUAAAUUGGACCAAUCAGUGUCCGCUAUUCAGGACAGCAUUAUUUUUCAAUUUAGUAGCAUCUCUUCAACCGCUUAUAGAUAAGUCAAGUUAUCUGAUUUAUAUCAAAACAAGUACAAUAGCUUUCAAAAAAUGCGCACACACUUUUCUUCUUUGGACAUUUGAGAUGAGAAAUAUGAUAUUUUGGGAGCUCUUGAGUUAAGCGGUCUGUCGUUAAAUCUCGUGGCGUAAGAGUUGCUAUUUUUCAAAAAAAUGUCUCAUUGCGACUGCAGGUUAAAAGGUGGUGAAUUUUGGUUAAAACAGUAGCUUCUACAGUUAGUUAUCAUUGCAUGGACCAAAUUUGAGGAACGUAACUAAAAAAUUGAGCACGCAGUGACAAUUUUUCUGAAACUGGAAUCUAUCAUAUGAUGUAACCUUAAAUUGAGCAUAGUUUUUCACCCCCAUGAUAAUUUUUUUUAGGAAAUAAGAAAAUUUAAUUUCUGCCAGGCAUAUUAGUUAUUUUGUGCAUAGUUAGCAAUUUACCUGGGGUGGUGCAUGGUAAUUUUCGUGUAAAAUAUUAUAUACUUAGGCAAUUUUUUCCUUCCAAUGACCACCCCUAAAAGCAACCCUUCUGAACACUAUAAGCAUUUCAGAAAGGCUAUUGCGACACUGCCGUUUCAGGACGGGGUCAUUUUCAGGACUUUCGUCCCGGAUUCAGGUUUUGGCACAUGUGCCAUGUUGACCGCCAUGGUCAUUUUUUUCCUAAAACAGUUGAGAUUAUACCUGUCCUAAAUGAAACGCGUACAAACUCAUAUACAGGUCCUAGACUAAUAAUGGGAAUUUUCUAUUAUUAUAUUGUGUAAACACACGCAGGAAGCGGCCUUCUCUGUUCUUAUUCCCCAACUGAAUCUGAAAUACCACGGCAAAUAUUCAACGCGAACAUCGUUCGUAUGUUACUAGUCUAUAAAGUUUGUGUAUCCUUGUCCAAAUUUUUGUCAUCUAGAGGCCAGUUUAAUAUCUUCAAGAUAGCGACAAACGUCUAUUUAAUAGCCCUUCCGAGAACAUAUUCGCUUUGAAUUCUGCAUGUGUUGACAGUGUUGUAAAGGCAGUCAAGCACUUUUCCCCUUGUGUUUCAGGCUCCUUUAUCAAUGCAUCUUAUUCAUCGUAUUCUAACACUUUAUCGUGGCAACAAGAACAAUUCAAUAUCGUUUGGCUAAUUGGUUUCAAUGCCGUGCAAUGCGCCAAGCCUUUUUGACCUCAAUCACAUGGUGAUUUCCUCGUCAGACGAUUUACUCUGUUCUUCAGAGACGUUCUCGUCACUGCGAUUGCAUGUUUGUAAGCCCGAUUUAGGUUCAUAUUGAUACGGUAAUACCUUAUGUACAUGAUAUCGUAGAUAUUUUCCAUCCGAGUAAUCAAAAAAGGCCAAAUUUCUCACUAGAGGUACGAAGUCGCAAUAUGCGCCUAAUAAAAUAUAUUUGUUGUUUUCAUUCUACCCUACUCCUGACGUCGCACCGGUCAUGUGACCCGAAAGAUAAUUUUUUGAAAAUCGAUCCAAGAUGGCGGACAUACUCAAUAUUUACAGUGAAAUAACUCGAGAACAAAAGAGUUUGGAUGAAAACUAGUAGCAUAUUCGUAAUCAUGCAGGGGUUCCAGUUUUACUAACAUCAGGAAUAAAUAAAAUUAUUGCCAUUGUCCUUUAACAACAGUUUAUCGGCAAAUGUAGUUUAGCUGAAUCAACUUGUCAUUUGAAUGAACAUCUCAAAACAUUUUACGAAGCAAGUUAAAUUUAACAUUAAUCAACGUUCGCAAAAUCCAGAAUAACAUACCUACAAUAUAUAUUUCGGAAAUUCAUUGUUGUAUACUUUAGGGUACUAAUCUUUCAACUAUUUUGCCGUUUUGUACAAAAGGGCCAUUCCAUUUAAUAUACACACACCCCUAUGGACGAGAAUUUCUGAGGGGUUUCUGAGAGGUUGUGUGCAUCGGCAUCCUUUGAUCUUUGCGUUUUUUCUGAGGGGUAAGGCAAAUAUUUCUUAAUUUCCCGGGGGAGUGUUUGUGUCGGCACUUUGAUAUUUUCUUCAUAAGGGUUCAAAUUUUAUUGAACUGGUCCAUAGGAAGGUGUGUAUAUUAAAUGGAAUAUUUUUUAAAUAUUUUAAAAUUGAAAAAUAUCGCGAUCGCGUUGUCAGGCAACACUUGAACGAGAGCCUGCGUUUAGUGCUGGCCAUUUCUGAAUACUUCAUGUUAAUUCAAUGUUUGGAAAAUAUAAGCGAGGGGUUGCUGCAUGCAUACAUUUCUAGUAUAUUGAUAGAUUGUUAUAUCAUGCAACGAGCUAAGCGCGCCGUGUUCCUCUUCAUUUGCAUCGUUCAAAUGGUACCCAUGCAUAUAGCCUAUAACGUCGCUGCAUUAUUCGUUUAGAAAUCUACAAAGGAGAAUGAAAUACAGGGAACCAAUCAUGAACAAAAAACUGAAGGUAAAAUGUAGAAGUUAUACAGUUUGUUUUUUUGCAAUGUGUCUUACAACACAACACAAAACAACAAUAAUUUUAUUUCAACGAGGAAAACACAUGAACUUUUAGUUUGCGUGAUAAUAUCUGAACCUUUUUAAAGGUUCAACAAAUGCAGAAAAUAAGAUCAUUGUUGUGAGGGUAAAUAGCAAUUAUAAUACAGUAAAUAUGUGAUAGAAGAACGUUUUUGAUUGACUGAAGCCCGUGCUCAAUAACUCGAUUGACCACCAAAAAAAACGCGCGGGAAUUUUUUGCCUCUUUUCUGCAAAUAUUUUCUCGAGAUUUUUUACAAACGUUUUCGUUAUUUUAAUCAAUAAAAUAUAAUUUGGUGAAGAAAAACAACCAGCCAUUUAUUUUUUACUGAUAACCGACUUUAUUUUAAUAACAUAUUAUGUGUAAACAUUCAGGUUUAAAGCCUAUAAACUAUUCGUAACAACUCUACUAUAGCGAAGUCAAAAAGACUUUUUGCUGUGUUCACCGUAAGAAAAACACACUUCCAAAAUGGCAAGCCUCGUGAACUGAAACUUGGCUCACUAAAAUGUACUUCAGAUUGCAAAAAUGAGCAAUUCAAGGAAGAAAAAAUAUAAACAAAGACCAAAACACAAUGUCUAGAUUCCUAACAACGACUGCAUAAUCACAGCAAAUGUUGAAGUAAAUUCUAAAUAAAUACCUCUAAAUGUCUGCUUCCUUUUCUACCAGUGAAGGGGAAGCCUUAAUGAAAUAAUCGCAACAUUAGUAAAAUUUCAAUUAUUUUAUGCAUUUGAAACCCAACUCGCUGGGAAGCUACCCAGGAUUCAGAAAAUGAAAUGUCAUGAGGAAUGAACAACUUGUUUUUGAUAAAAAGUUAUAUUAUAAAAUAAUUUUUCAUGAUUUGGCGUGCUUAAUCGAGUUAUUGAACACUUGGGAAGUUGGAGAGCACUCAAGCGCUAGACUGGCGGUCUCGACUGCUGCCUUGAUCAAUUCUUACGGUCUUUCGUGCUCUCCCAACUUCCCAAGUGUUCAAUAACUCGAUUGAGCUCGCCAACUCAUGAAAAAAAUCUUAAAUCUCUCAACAUUGAUGUUAUAUUAAGAUAGAGAGUUUGAAUACGUAGUUUAAAACAUUGUAACUGCGGGUUUUGGUCUUUUGUGUUCUCUUCCAAUCAGUCAUGCACAUAAGAUGACCCUUAUAUGUGUUAUAUAUAAUAUGCUUUCCUACCACUUUCCUAUUUUGAAUCGCAUUAAGUUUGAUUUUCUUCUCUUUUUUUACGAAAUGGGAAACUUUAGAGCACUUAAUGAAGAAAAAUAUAAAAUAUAAAAAAGGGAAUGAAAUACUGCCGGCGAAGAAAAUCAAUGAAAGUCUGGAAAAAGGUUCACGAGAUGAAACUAUUGAUCCAACUAGCGAACUUCGACGCCUUCGAAAAGAAAAUGAUGACAUAAAAAAAGAGAUCAUAAACAAGGAUGCCAUUAUUCAGAUCUUCCAAAAUGAUAGUAAAAUGAAAGAAAAUAUGCGACUUCAUCGAGACAACGAUAUCAUGAGACGUGAAAUUCAGGAUCUUCGAGAAAAGACUGACGAAAGGAAGAGUGAAGUGCAGAAUCUUCAACAACAGGUUCGAGAAGAGCAAAAACGUGCGACUUAUCAAAUUCGGUACAUUCAGCAAGAGAAGGAAAACGAAAUUCAACAACUUCGAGAGGAAAACAUCAAGAAAAAUAACGAAAAUCGACAACUUCGAGAAGAAAACAUCAAAACUGAUAACGAGAUUCGGGAACUUCGACAAGAAAACGCAGACAUAAUAGAAGACUUUAUAUCCACAAUUUUUGCAGAUAGUAAAUCAGUAGUAGUUUCAAAUGAAAAACUAGGAACAGGCGCUUGGGGUACUGUCUACACGGGAGACUUUUAUGGAACCACAGUGGCAGUUAAAAAAUUCCAUCAAAUUAUUUUGUCUCCACAUAACAAGAAAAUCAUUCAGCGCGAAAUAGAAAUUGCAUCGCAAUGUCGACACCCCAAUUUACUACAGUUUAUUUGUGCAACAGAAAAUUAUCAACACCAUCUUUUAAUUGUAACAGAACGGAUGGAUAUGACUCUGCGUACAUUGCUCGAGCAACGUGCAAGAGAAAAAUCACGAUUGGAAUAUCAGGAAAUUAAAUCAAUUUCCUUAGAUGUGGCAUGUGGUCUCAACUACCUACAUUCAAAAACACCAAAACCGAUUAUCCAUCGCGACAUCAGCAGUGCGAACGUAUUGCUAUUCAUUAAAAAUGGUGAAGUGAGAAGAGCGAAAAUAUCAGAUUAUGGUUCAGCAAAUAUCAUGCAAGCGUGCAAUACACCAAAUCCUGGAGCAGCAAUCUACGCCGCACCUGAAGCCCGUCAAGCUCAACAGGACCCAAAGGUAAUUAUAUUUCAAAGUGAUUAUAAGAUGAAGGAAGAUAGAAAACCACUAAUAAUUUUUUUAUGAAUUUACUUUGUUUUUUACUCUGAGAAGAAUGGAAAGCCUGAACGGAACCAUUAA